AUGCUUGAGAGACUUGCGAUGCUGGAUGAAGAAGAAAAGCAACCAGAACAGCGGAACUCAGGCCUCUAUUUAUGCUCGAGCUUUCUGCAGAUGAAGCUGAUAUUUUCCUUUUCUCGUUUCCCUCUUCCAUGCUCUUCCGAUAGCAUGCAAUCCGCCGACGAUGACACCACUGCUCCUCCUCGUCCGACGGAGUUUAAUCUCCAGGUCCGCCAACUAAAGUUGACUAAAACCGGGGAUGCAGAGUCGUUCACCGUCGGGGCAGCAGCAGCCAUAGCUGCAGAAAAGACGGGCCCCGCCCAACGAUACGGGGAAAACGAUUGCGGACAUGCAAAAGGUCGAGGGAGAGUGGAGCAUCAUACUAUCCGUCCAGCAUGGCCCGCACGAGUUGGCAUCUCUCUACGCAAAGAGACAUUCUGGUUGGAGCGCAACUCCAUGCAAGCCAAGAUUGUGUUGCAUUAG